UCUUCUCUCUGCUGAAAGAACCAAACAUUUUCACUCUCAAACAACAAAACCCCUUGUUUUAUUUAUUUAAGCUCGCUUCUUUUAUUGUCUAUGGUGGAUCUCAAGCUGAGUUCGCAUCGGCUUUGUAGAUCUUCUCUUGAGUGGGCAGAGAACUGAAAUAUUACAUAUAUAUGUUAUAUUAUAUGAAAAAGAGAUGGAUUUUGAUGAACAUGAAGAGCAAGUACAAGAAAUGGGUGUAACCGUUCCAUUUCCACCAGGAUACGACUCGCUCGGCAACUCGUCAGCUGCUGGGUCCAAGAUAGGACCCGUCGGCGGCGGUGGCGAAGGUGGGGCGGCUUCGAGAAAAGUAGGGUCCUGUUUUAGGUACCGUGAGUGUCUCAAGAACCAUGCGGUGAGUAUCGGAGGACACGCGGUGGAUGGCUGCGGCGAGUUCAUUGCGGUGGGUGAUGGGGGGACCCUUGACGCCUUGAAAUGCGCUGCUUGUAACUGCCACAGGAACUUCCACCGUAGAGAAACUGAAAGUGAAGGCAGUGAUAUUUAUUAUCCUCACCACCAUCAACAGAUUCAACACCCCCAAUUCUCGCCCUACUAUAGAGCGCCGCCACCGGCCGGGUAUCUCCGCCUGACGCAAACGCCGCAGCAAAGGCCCUUGGCCUUGCCGGCAACGUCGGGAGGUGGUGUUGCCGGUGCCUACAGUAGAGAAUAUGAAGAUGUUUCGAAUCCCAGUAGCAGUGGCGGUGGAGGUGGAGGGAGUGGGGGGUCAAAGAAGAGAUUUAGAACAAAAUUUACGCCUGAACAAAAAGAUAAGAUGCUUGAUUUCGCUGAGAGGCUUGGGUGGAGGAUUCAAAAGCAUGAUGAAGCUGCUGUGGAGCAAUUUUGUGAAGAAACUGGGGUGAAAAGGCAAGUUCUUAAAGUCUGGAUGCAUAACAACAAGUACACUAUGGGUAAGAAACCCUAAUUUCCAACAACAAAAA